GAAGAAACAGAGGAGCGAUUUAAAUAUAUUUUUGAAUCAUGCCAAUGCAACACUCGUCCGGAAUCGAUUAACCGCCAAAUCUCAAAGUUCACGUACACAUCAGCCUGUGUGAAAAUAAGCAAAGCGGAAGAUGAACGGGCAAAGCGAAUAUACUCAUCAUCAUAUAAGGCCCGUUUCUAGAGUAAGGUGUCAGUUGGAAAGUGCGAGCUCUCGUACCAAGAACGAGAAACGAGGAACCGUCUUGAUCCAAACCGAUCGAUAUGAAGUUGCCUUCCCUCUUCCUCCUCGCCAUCCUCUUUCCCGGCGACGCGUCACGGGGGAACGAGAAAACGGAAGGCACGCCGUGCAUAGACGACAACAAAUUCUAUCGUAAUCCGAACGCGGCCGCCCAUAACGUUUGGUCGCCGACCGAGUGUGCCAAGUAUUAUCUCUGCCUGGAUAACGAGGUGUUCGAGUUCAGAUGCUCCCAGGGAUUGUUGUUCGACGUUUCCAGGCAAGUGUGCGAUUUCAAAGCGAAUGUCAACAACUGCGACGUGAUGUCAGAGACGCGACCGCCGAGGCCGCUUCUCGAGCACGGUGACUGCGAGGAGAGACACUUGGCUUGCGGCGACGGUACCUGUUUCCCGGCUGCCUACUUUUGCGACGGGAGCGUCGACUGCCCCGACGGCUCCGACGAAGGUGGCUGGUGCAAUGCUCGAAACGAUCCGGACGGCGCGUUACCUUGCGAUCCAGGAGAGUGUCAUUUGCCGGAUUGCUGGUGUUCCAAGGACGGAAGGACGAUUCCUGGGAACUUGACGGUGUCGACGGUGCCACAGAUGAUAGCAGUCACGUUCGACGACGCCGUGAACGGGGAAAACAUCGAGCUUUUCUCCAAAAUUUUCUCAAACAGUAGGAAAAAUCCAAACGGUUGCCCGGUUCGAGGAACUUUCUACGUCAGUCAUCAGUACACGAAUUACAGAGACGUUCAAUACUUGUGGAACAUUGGACACGAAAUCGCCGCCCAUUCCGUCACGCAUCGGGGGCCGGAAGAAUGGUGGUCGAGGAACGCUACCAUCGAAGACUGGUUCGACGAGAUGGUUGGUCUGGCGAAUAUUAUUAACAAAUAUGCGGCGGUUCGUCUGGAGGAUAUUAAAGGUUUAAGAGCGCCUUUUCUACGAAUCGGAUGGAAUCGGCAAUUUCUAAUGAUGUCCGAAUUUGGAUUUGUCUACGACUCGUCGAUAUUGGCCCCAUUCUCCGAUGUGCCAGUCUGGCCUUACACGCUGGACUAUAAACCGCCGUACAACUGCGUGGAUUUGGAACAAUUUUGCCCAACUCGUGCGUAUCCAGGUUUAUGGGAACUUCCGAUCAAUCAACUUUUGGCAGGCGAAUACACUUGUACGAGGAUGGAUUCGUGUCCUUCGAAUUUAACGGGCGAGGACGUAUACAAAAUGUUGAUGCUGAAUUUUAAAAGGCAUUAUCUCAGUAAUCGUGCGCCUCUGGGUUUGCAUUUGCACGCAUCCUGGUUUCGAAAUCCAUCAUACUUUUACGCGUUUACCAAAUUCAUGGACGACGUGUUGCGAUCGAGGGACGUCUACUUCGUGACGAGUUAUCAGGUGAUCGAAUGGAUGCGCAGACCAACACCUUUGAACACGAUAGAAACGUUUAAGCCUUGGCAGUGUAAUUUGCGUAAAUUCCAUUCGUUCGAAUUAGCCUGCGAUUUGCCGAGCAGUUGUAAACUACCGAGCAAAGUUCUUAAAUCGUAUCGUUAUCUGCAUACGUGUUUCGAGUGCCCUAAGGAAUAUCCUUGGUUGAGAAAUGAAUUUGGAAUGGAAUGAUGCACAAAAUCCGCGUUGAUAUAACACGCAAAACAAAACCGUGUAUUAUUAAAUUAUUUAUUUAUUAUAUAAAAAAAAACGUGUGUAUUUAUAUUUUUAUACGAAAA